AUGGCGUCAGUAGCGCUGCCGCCAUGUCCGCGCCAUUCCCGCCAUGCCGCGCUGCUCCCUGCUCCACCCGUCAGUCCUCUCCGCGUCUUUCUCACAUCCACUCCGCCUCGCAACCCCGCGAGGCUGUCUCUCUGCUGCCUGCGCUGCACCGCCACCCGACAGCCGCACGCACACGACCUGCGGCGUGGUACUAACGCAGCGGCUCGGGGGCCGCUGCGCGCUGCGACGUCCGGGUGUGGCGGAGAGCAUGAGGGGUGGAUGGCACGGCCCGCAGCGGCGGAGAGAGCCGGCCACACUCGAGGCGGGCCGCGGGGACCCACUCGUCGCCUUGCCUUGGGCCCGGGCUCGAGCGGCACGCGGCGACCGCCUGGUUUCACCCUGCAUCCUGCGCAUCGCCUUCGCGCCCGCUGCCGGCUGCACGCGGCAGUAGGCGCGCUACCUCCGCGCGCGCCCUUGACCGCGCGCUUGCGCCGCACAGCCCUCGGCCGGCCGUCACCACAGUGGCGGCGGUGCGCGCCGGGAGUGGCCGCCGCGUCGCUGCGGGCUGACCUUCUGGCGCAGGCGUGGCGGGCGCAGGGGAGCGCGCAGGCGCAAGCCGUGGGCGCGGAUGGCGGGAUACGCAAUGGCCAGGGGAUAGGGUUCUGGCGGGCGGACGAUGCGGGCGCCGCGGGGUGGCGCGGCGGUGGGGAUGAGGUGCGAGACGAGCAGCGAGCGGGGUGGCAGGCGGAGGGGCAAGCAGGCGCGGCGGAAGCGGAGGAGAGCGAGGCGGAGAAGGAGAAGCGGAGGCGAGGGCGCAUCAGCGAGGCGAACAAGGGGAAAGUGCCGUGGAACAAGGGCAGGCAGUGGAGCGCAGGUGCGUGCGCUCUCCGCGCCGGUGCGCGCACGAGUUGCGCAGCCUCCAUUCCACCGCAUGUACACUCGCAUCUGUCGCUCCCCUCCGCCUUGCGCUUGUCCCCCGCCUUGCCCUUGUACCACGCUAAAGUGCGGCCUCGCUUCCCCCUUGUCUCUUUCCCAGAGGUUCGUGCGAAGAUCCGCGAGAGAACGAAGCAAGCAAUGAGUAACCCCGAGGUGCGCGAGCGGCUUCGCGACCACGGGCACACGCAAAGCGCGGAGACGCGGUCGCUGAUUCGCGAGCGCAUGCGCGCGGCGUGGCAGCGCAAGAAGCAGGAGCGCCUGACGGCGCUGGCGCUGCUGGCGGAGUGGCAGGGGGAGCUGGCGGCGGCCGCGCGGGUGGGGCUGGCGGGCGACCGCGAGCUGGUGCGGUGCGGCAACGGGCGCGUCGUGUACGCGGACGAGGUGCUCGCGCGCGCCUCCGCCAAGCGCGAGCGCCGUACGCCGCGCACCUCCGCGCCGCCACGAGAGUGCGGAGAGGGUGGCUCCGCGGCGGCUGGCAAGGGCCGUGGCGAUGGUGGGACGAGCGGGGGCGAGGGGGAGGAAACGGCGUGGGGAGAGGGUGAAGGGAGCGGUGGAAGCAGCGAGAAGCGGGUGGCGGUGAGGCGGGGGGGGCAGAGCGAGGAGCACCGGCGGCGAAUAUCGGAAGCCAUCAAAGCCAAGUGGGCCGACCCCGCCUACCGCAGCAACGUGGCGCGCGGCAUGAAGAGCGUGCAGCGCACCCCGUCUUCCGCCGACCCCACUUCGCCUGCCCCCGCGCCUGCUGCCGCGCCCAGGGCAGCGAGAGCUCGCAGGGCAGUGCGGGUGGGAGAGAGGGAGCGCAGAGAGACGGCCAAGGAGACGGCAGCGGGAGCAGCGGCAGCGGGGGGACAAGAGGCGGAGGGGGGAGGAGAGGGCGGGGAGGGAGCAGCAGGGCGCGGCGCGGCGGUGGUGGUGCAGCAGGCGGACGAGGCGUUCGUGCAGGCCGUGAUGGCCGCGGAGAGCGCGCAGGCGGAGGGCGCGCAGGGCGCACAGGGCGCGGCGCAGGGCGCAGAGCAGGCGCAGGGGGAUGGGGGGGGCAUGCGGUUCAAGCGCGUACUCAUUGUGCGGCAGGCAGGCGGUAGUGCGGGGGAGGAGGAGGCGCGGGGUGUGGGCGGUGAGGAGAGAGUAGAGGAGAGCACAGGGGUCGCUGUGCGUGUGGGUCUGCUAGGGGAAGGUGGCUUGCAAGGUGGAGAGGAAGGCAAGGGGGAGGAGGAAAGGGAAGUGGAAGAGGAAGGAGUCGAAGGAGGGGAGGAAGAGGAAGUGGAGAGCGAUAUGGAGGACAUGAAGACUCUAGUGGAGGCCGGUGGGGAGAGUGGUUGGCGGUUCAGUGCUGGGGACCGCAGGCAGGCGAAGGGGGCGAGUGGGAGUGAUGGUGGUGCAGGGCAGGGCGGUGUGAGUGGUGGUUUGCAUGGGGGAGAAGGGACAGGCAAUGGCGCCGUCAGGCAACAUCAUGCGCCGCCCUCUGCUGCACCGCUGCCCUCGCUGCUCCCCCUCUCACCCACCACCAAUCAAAGGCGCCUGGCUCGCCAGCUCAUAGCGAGGCGACGCCGACAGCUGGCGGAGAGGGCAAGGGUGCUGAUGCAGGAGGCACAGAGUGCAGCGCAGUCGUUGGAGGCGCUGGCAGCGAGGGACGCCACGGCCAUGGCAUCGCUGCUCGAGACACGCCGCCUGCUGGACCAGGCAGGCCGCGCUGUGGCCCGCGCUGAGAGGACAACUGCGCUACCACUCACGCCCAAGGGCGCGCCGGGAGGGGUACCCGCGCACAGAGUGCCUGGGGGGGACUGGCGCCGUGGGUUGAGUGGCAGUGGCAGUGGCACUGCUGCUUGGACGCAUGCUGGCGCCACGCCGGGGUGUGGUGGUGACGGGGGGCAGGCACGGGCGCAAGUACGAGGAGCAGAGUCCGAGGCAAUGCGGGGGGAAGGGGGGAACGGCGCAGUGCACAGUGCGGUGCAUGGUGCAGAUGGCGAGGCCGCGAGUGCGAGAGUGGUGGGGAGCAUGGGUGGGGUGCCUGGGAGUGAGUGGCAAGGGGGCCAAGUGGGCAGCAGCAGCGCCGCACAGGGCAAGUGGGUUGAAGGCGGAGGGGAAGUCGAAGGCAAGGGUGUGGAUAGCAGUGUAAAGUGGGUGGGGGUGAAUGGUGCGCGGAUAAGUGCAGGUGCAGAAGCGGGGUCAGGGGAGGAGGGGCGGCAGGAGUUGAGGCGUGCAGAGUCAGGUGCGGGAGAGAGGGAGGCUGUGGUGGAGACGCCUCCAGGCAUGCUGCUCUAUCCUCUCCUCACCUGCCAGCAGGACCACCCCAACCCCUUCCACCGCUGCUCACCCAUCGCCUGCUGCCCGCCCCGCCUCAGCCCUGCCAGUUGCCUCUCUGCACCGUGCCAGCCCCUCGCUGCUGCUUGCUGCCGCUGCCGCACUGCCCUCCAGGCAUGCCCACAGGAGGAAAGCGGCCGGGGGGAGGAGCAAAGUGAGGGGGCGGAUGCAAACAGGGAGGGACACGAUGCUGGAUAG